GUAUGCAACCUGCAGUGGGGUCCUGCCCUGCGACUGCUGCGACUCCCGUCUGGACAAUUUGGCCCUCCAGCGAUAUUGGCGACCUGUCCCUCCUCGCCAACAUCACCGCCUCGCCCCUGAUCCGCGAUCCUCAAGACCCGAACUUCCCACGCACCACCGCCCGAGGGAUGCAGGAUCGCAUCGUCACCUGCGGUCCGGCUCGAGCUCCCUAAUCACGCCCAUUCGUCCUUACUUUAUCUUGCGUCAGCCCACCACGAGCUGCCUGUGCAUUGCAGCAUAUCGACGAUCCACCCCCCUUCUAACAGCUGGCAAUUCGAGUCGAGUGGCGUCUUGCAUUCGCAGCACGCUGUUGUAAAACUCCACCAGCUUCACCACGCGCCCUGAGUUCUAGAUAGACAUCGACACGUCCCGCCCAUUGUCUUCGCCCACUUCACACUCGAGCUGGCAGCAACGUAGCUGCCACCCCGCCAACCACCAUGACCACCUUCCUCGAAAAUGCGUACAGUCUUGUACACCAGGACAACACGGCCGACGUUCCCUCGCUCAACGACCUCAAGAACCAGCUUGAGAAGGGCACCGAUGAGUCCAAGUGCGAGACAAUGAAGCGCAUCUUGACCAUUAUGCUCAACGGCGAUCCGAUGCCCCAGCUCCUCAUGCACAUUAUCCGAUUCGUCAUGCCGUCAAAGCACAAGGCCCUCAAGAAGCUCCUCUACUUCUACUACGAGAUAUGUCCCAAGCUGGACUCGAAUGGCAAGCUCAAGCAAGAGAUGAUCUUGGUGUGCAACGGUAUUAGAAACGACCUGCAACACCCCAACGAGUAUAUCCGGGGCAACACUCUCCGAUUCCUCUGCAAGCUCCGGGAACCCGAAUUGAUUGAGCCCUGUCUGUCGUCUGCUCGGUCCUGCUUGGAACAUCGCCACGCCUAUGUGCGCAAGAACGCCGUCUUCGCCAUCUCGUCCAUCUUCCAGACCUCAGAAUCGCUCAUUCCAGACGCGGCCGACCUCAUUGCGACCUUCUUAGAAGGAGAGAGCGAUGCCACGUGCAAGCGCAACGCAUUUGCUGCCCUGGCCAACAUCGACCACGACAGAGCUCUAGCGUACUUGAGCACUGUUUUCGAGAGCGUGCCCAACGCAGAGGAAUUGCUUCAGCUGGUCGAGCUCGAAUUCAUCCGGAAAGAUGCCGUCCAGAACUCCCAGAACAAGGCUCGGUAUCUGAGACUCAUCUUCGACCUCUUGGAGGCUGGUGCUUCGACUGUCGUUUACGAGGCCGCUUCCUCUCUUACAGCACUGACGAGCAACCCCGUGGCCGUCAAGGCUGCUGCCGCCAAAUUCAUUGAGCUCAGCAUCAAGGAGGCCGACAACAACGUUAAGCUGAUCGUUCUGGACCGUGUAGAUCAAUUGCGGCAGAAAAACGAGGGUAUCCUAGACGACCUUAUCAUGGAGAUCCUGCGCGUUCUCUCUAGUACAGAUAUCGACGUGCGACGGAAGGCGCUUUCUAUUGCUUUGGAGAUGGUGUCGAGCAAGAACGUGGAGGAGGUCGUUCUGCUGCUCAAGAAGGAGCUCUCCAAGACCGUCGACCAGGAGUACGAGAAGAACGCCGAAUACAGGCAACUUCUGAUUCACUCGAUUCACCAGUGCGCCAUCAAGUUCUCCGAGGUGGCGGCAAGUGUGGUCGAUCUUCUCAUGGACUUCAUUGCCGACUUCAGCAACACUUCGGCUGUCGAUGUCAUCAACUUCGUCAAGGAGGUUGUCGAGAAGUUCCCCGCCCUGCGGCCGUCGAUUGUCGCCCGCUUGGUCGCUACGCUUGGCGAGGUCCGUGCUGGCAAGGUUUACCGCGGCAUCAUCUGGAUUGUCGGUGAAUACUCUCUGGAGGAGAAGGACAUCCGUGACGCUUGGAGAGGCAUUCGUUCGAGCUUGGGCGAGAUUCCCAUUCUCUCCUCGGAACAGCGUCUGCUUGACCAUGUCGAUGGCGAGGAUGCGGACAAGGACCAGGUCAACGGCCACUCGAAGCCUGCCGCGCCGACUGGCUCCAGGAAGGUGUUGGCGGACGGCACCUACGCUACUGAGACAGCGCUGACCAGCGCUUCCGCUGCCGCUGCUAAGCUCGAGGCUGUCAAGUCUGCGCAGAAGCCGCCUCUGCGCCAGCUGAUCCUGGACGGCGACUACUACUUGGCCACUGUUCUGGCUGCCGCUCUGACCAAGCUUGUCAUGCGCCAUGCUCAACUCUCUUCGGACAAGGCGAGAACCAACGCGCUCAAGGCGGAAGCCAUGCUUAUCAUGGUGUCGAUCAUUCGUGUUGGUCAAUCCCAAUUUGUCAAGGCGCCGAUCGAUGAGGACUCUGUCGACAGAAUCAUGUCCUGUGUCCGCUCGCUGGCGGAGUUCUUCGACUCAAAACUCGAGACUGUAUUCCUGGACGACACCCGCAAGGCGUUCCGGGCCAUGGUCCACGUGGAGGAGAGCAAGCGGGCGGCUAAGGCGGCCUUCGAGAAGGCCAAGACUGCUGUCCAGGUUGACGACGUCGUGCAGUUCCGCCAACUUUCCAAGAAGAAUGCUGGUGAUGGUGCUGACGAUGUCCAGCUCGAUCUGGACAAGGCUACGGGAGGCGAUGCUGUGUCUGAGGACCUCAGCUCCAAGCUCAGCCGCGUCGUCCAGCUGACCGGCUUUUCGGAUCCUGUCUAUGCGGAGGCUUACGUCAAGGUGCACCAAUUCGAUAUUGUGCUCGAUGUGCUUUUGGUCAAUCAGACAACAGAGACGCUGCAAAACCUGUCUGUGGAGUUUGCUACCCUGGGUGACCUCAAGGUCGUUGAGCGCCCGACGACUCAGAAUCUGGGACCCCACGAUUUCCACAACGUCCAAUGUACUAUCAAGGUAUCGUCGACAGACACCGGUGUCAUCUUCGGCAACGUGGUAUAUGACGGUGCACACAGCACAGACACCAACGUGGUCAUUCUGAACGACCUCCAUGUCGACAUCAUGGACUAUAUCCAGCCGGCGACCUGCACGGAGACGCAGUUCCGCACCAUGUGGACCGAGUUCGAGUGGGAGAACAAGGUCAAUAUCAACAGCAAGGCCAAGUCGCUACGCGACUUCCUGGAACAGUUGAUGGCGUGCACAAACAUGAACUGUCUGACCCCCGAGGCCAGUAUGAAGGGCGACUGCCAGUUCCUGAGUGCCAACCUCUACGCCAAGAGCGUUUUUGGCGAGGACGCGUUAGCCAACCUCAGCAUCGAAAUGGAGGGAGAGAACGGGCCCAUUACAGGAUUUGUCAGGAUAAGAAGCAGGUCACAAGGUCUGGCCCUGAGUCUAGGGUCCUUGAAGGGGUUGAACAAGAUUGGCACGGCGGCCGCCUAAGCCGCCUGUGCUUCUGGAAUCACGACUUAUGGAUUCCUAGCAAUAGAUCUUGACCUUUGGGCUGGCGGGCAAAAAGAACGCUGCGGGUGCAUUGGCGGGUGGUUGUUAUCCGGCUAGGACCUUAGAGCUCAAAAGUUUGAGAUGAUCACGAAUAAUAGUUGCACAUCAUAAGAUGGGCCCAUUGA